AUGGAGGAGCACGCACAACAUUUGAGGAUAGUGCUUCAUACCUUGCGGGAACAAAAGCUAUAUGCUAUGUUCUCCAAAUAUGAGUUGGGGCUAGAUUCUACGGCUUUCUUGGGGCAUGUUGUAUCAGGUGUGGGUAUUAUGGUGGAUCCCAGGAAGAACGAGGCAGUUCAGAGUUGGCCUUUUCCUACCACAGUGAUCGAGAUCAUGAGUUUCUUGGGGCUAGCCGAUUAUUAUCGCCAGUUUGUGGAGGGUUAUGUACGAGCACCAGAGGCCAGGUGGCCUACUUCAGUAGAUGGUAAUACUGGAAUAGAAGUGGGAGCGCAUCACUAUAGAAUUUGUGGUUGGUUUGCCGCAGACGUUGAGGAAAUUUGA